AAGUCACUUAAAAAUAAUAUAUUCUUCAAAAGAUUACAAUAUCCGCGUAUCAUUGUUAGAGUUGUUCGACGAUUUUUUGUUUUUUAUUAACUUUUAAGUUACUUUGCGUGUUAAGUAUAUAAAAAGAAACCAAUUCAAACAUGUUUCGUAAUCAGUAUGAUAGUGAUGUAACAGUAUGGAGCCCCCAGGGCCGCUUGCAUCAAGUGGAAUAUGCCAUGGAAGCUGUAAAAUUAGGUUCAGCAGUAGUUGCAUUAAAGAAUAAAACACAUGCUGCUAUUGUUGCGCUCAAGCGUGCACCAAAUGAGCUAUCAGCUUAUCAAAAAAAAAUUAUACUUGUAGAUGAUCAUCUUGGAUUUUCAUUUUCUGGUUUGUUGGCUGAUGCUCGCAUUCUAAGCAAGUAUAUGCGAUCGGAAUGUUCUUCACAUAAGUUUGCCCAUGGAGAUGAUCUUCCAGUUAAUAGAUUGAUGACCAAAGUUAGUAACAGAAUGCAAUUGUGCACACAUCGGUAUGAUAAACGCCCAUAUGGGGUUGGUCUACUUGUAGCUGGUUAUGAUGAUAAUGGUCCUCAUAUUUACCAAACAUGCCCUUCUGCAAACUACACAAGUUGUAAAGCUAUGGCUAUUGGCUCACGAUCACAAAGUGCUCGUACAUACUUGGAAAGAAAUUUAGACGCAUUUAAGGAAGCAAGUUUGGAGGAAUUACUGAAACAUGGUAUGAGAGCUUUGAGGGACACUCUGCCCAAUGAUGUCAAUCUAACUUCAAAGAAUGUUUCAAUUGCUGUUGUGGGCAAAAAUCAGCUAUUUGAGAUUUAUGAUGAGGAAAAAACUCAGGCAAAAUUAUCAUUAAUUGAAGGCGAGGAAAGGAGAGCUCCAGCUCCAACAACCGAUUCAUCAAGUGGUGGAUCUCAGCCACCACAAGACGGACCUGGUGCCCCUCCUAGUGAUGCUAUACCAGCAGUUGCAAUGGAGACAGAAUAAACAUAAUGGAACUUAAGUUAAGAAUUAAGAAUAUUAUACAUUUUUUUUUACUAAUAUGCCUCAACUGAUUAAAUAAAACAUUGGAUAUUGAA